AGCGUAAAAGUCCUUAAUUGACCGCCAGCCGUCAGUUUUGUGUUUGUAUUCCUAAGGGUUGAAAUCUGCUGGUCGUGUUUUUAUCAUAAUUAAUCUUCCCGAUCAUGGACGCGAUACAGAGACACAGAUCCAUGUACAAAGGCACAACUCCACCAUGGAAAGAGACAUAUCGCAAGCGAUGUGUGGAGAGGUUAAAGAACAGCAGGUCCAGGUUACUGGAGAAGUUUCGUCAGAUUGGAGACAGUUCCGGGUCCUCGGGGUGCUCUCUGCUGGUUCAGGAGGUGAUGGAGGAGGAGUGGAGCGCCCUGCAGUCAUCCAAUCACAGUCUACCAUCACUGUGGAAUGGACACGGGGUCAGGGAGGUUUACUCUGCCCAGCAGGAGUUUGAUGAACUGUCAGCUUUUGAGGAGAUUCAGCAGGAACUCAUAGCACAAGAGCUCUCCAUCCUAGAGGAAUAUCAGAACAACGUUCAGUAUGAAGAACAUUAUUUAAACUCCGUGUUGGAGAGAAUGGAGCAAAAUGAACAGAUCAUAUGUCCGUUGUGUCACAUUAAUAAUCUGACAGUCAACAGUCACUUUACGUCAUGUCCGUGUGGUCUUUACGUCAACACUAUCGGCAGGAACAUUACAUUAGAGAUAUUACAGAGUCUUUUAGAAAAACGAGUGACCGAGCACACGGACGAAUGUCUUCACAACCCCACCUUCUCAAUGGCUUUCAAUACAGACGGCUCACCAAACCUCAUGCUCAGCUGUAAUGUGUGUGAUUAUCUUUCUGUUGUCUUGUGACAAUUCAUCCACAUGGAAGAGGAUGUUUUUUACGUGUUUUGACUAUUUUAUUUCUGUGAAAUAAAGACUUUUUUUAACAUCAACGCUGCCCGAGUAUAAUAAUGUACCUUUAUAUUAUGUAGCUGGACAUGGCAGCAGAAUGAUUAAAGCAGUAACUGACCCCGAAAUGAAAAUUAGCCAAUAUUUUGUGUGUAUAAAUAGUGAUAGGUUUUUGUAACGUUGGCUCACAACUCUCAUGAACACACACGGCCAUAGUUUAUAAAGUUUGAAACGUUUCCUCACAAAAACCAUCACUUCACCUCCGAAGAUAUUUAAUAACUGUAUGAAUUUGCUUU